AUGGUACGAAGUCUUUGGAGUAUGUGGGAGGAGAGGGCGACGAGAGUGUUGAGCACCGACUGUUACCGUAAUCGACUACAAGAGGUAAAACAGACGGUCAAUGACGCCCUUAUGCAGUACAUGUCCAAGGGAUCCAAGAGUAGCUUCAUCGACUGCCCUACCAGUGUCAAUGGGUUUCCCUCAGGUGCCUUACAGGUUCUCGAGUCGGCCUAUUCUCGAACGCACAUGCUGUCGGUUCGAGAGUGUCAUCUCAUCGCCCAAGCAGCCCAACUCGAUCCUGCACAAGUUCGCACCUGGGUUAGUCCACUUCCCUUCCGCUUUCCCCUCCUUCUCUUCGCCCUCCUUCCAUAA